AUGGUCCAUCAAGAAACCGCUUCAGCGAGAAAAGUCCGUCGGCAAUGGCAAAGCCAGCUCAAGGAUGCUGCACAACAGUUUGACGUCGUGAAAGAAGAACCCGAAACGUCGUCUUUGAUGGUUAGUAAGGGCUCUGCAGAAUAUGUCGAUCGCCCAGGACCUCCGCCAAGAUAUACUCUGAGAUCAGUUCCCCAAAAUGUCUCACUGUCCAACCCGUCAUCGGACGCCACCACGAGUACCGCUGUCUCAGAGUUCGAACCUCUGAUAAAGUCUGGCAGAACCUUGCGUGAUAAGUUGUUAAAAGCCCCAACAGGGAAAGAGUGGUCUGAAAUUGGUGAUAUUCACGCGUUCUCUAGAGAAUCUGGCCCAGGAAUGAUCAAGCCAGUGUUUUCAAAAGAUGUCAUCUCCCGGUUAGGGUGCUGGGGACGGACCUGUGGCUAUCAGCCCAUCCUGAAGCAUCAUCUCCAGGCUAUUCCUUACAGAAAGUUCGUCGAGGCACUCAUUCAUUUCGAACUACUCUCAUAUUGGCGAAGACAGUUUCAAUGCAAACACAACAUGUCAUGUUUCAGGCAACACCAGGAAUGGUUUGAAGUCGACGACGCUACCGCCUCCGGUUUUACGACCAACCUCCUUGAGUGGAUCACGGUAGCUAAUCCUUACGAUGAGCAGUGCAGGCUAAUACAGAAGUGGAACUUGGUCAUUGAGAGCAUGGUGAAGCGCCAAAUGGCCAUUACAUCUCAGGGCCUUCUGGACACACUUGAUAGCUCGUUUGAAAUUGUGGGCACGUACCACAACAAGAACGUCGCCCACGAAAAUGUUAGAAUUCGCACUGAAAUGACAGAACGCACCAGCGGCCAGACAAAAGCCUCUACAAGAGCGGCUGAGCGAUUUACCGCGCCCGACGCCAGUGACGGCGACAUCAUCUCUACACUUGCUGAUAUCAUUGUGUCUCCUACCUCGGCAGAAAGGUGUCUUCAUGCUCGGUCUUAUCUCUGGAGCACCGACGUCCUUUUUCUCGCAGGUAACAAACACAUUUGGUGGCCUUAA